GUACGAAUUAAUCUCUAAAGCAAUUUGAGUUGCACAGUUUAACCAACUACCCACUCUACAUGACUAACACACCCACUCCAUUAUAAUUUGUGUUUACUCAUUAUCUCACAUACCAAACUUGGAUUGAAAAUAGUUUCUUUUCCCCCACAAAAAUCAUUCUAACUUGCUCACAAAGCCAAACAGGAACCUGAUAUAACCCCCUUCUAGGCACUAUUUGAUAGCUAUGCUCUGAAAUAUUAGAAGCUGCCACUCCAAAAAUUUGGGUUUGGGAAGAAAUGAGAAACCGUAUGGAAAGAUUUGUAGUUCUUCCAUUCUCUUUCAGGUGUGCUUCUCAUUCAAGUGUGGAAUUAGGUGCACCCAAAGAACCAGAAGUAGAUUCGAAAGGCCCUAUUGUUUCAGGAAGACAAGAAGGACAAGAUAGAUCAGUCAUCACAGCCAAAAGGAAGAGAAGCAGAGUUUCUGGGUUUCUGGUUAUACCAAAACCAAAUGUAGCCGCUGGCAUACAGAGAUUAAUCAGGAGUAUCAAGAGUUUGUCACAAUUAUUUUUUUACAAAGAGAAGAUCGAGGAGAAGGAACCUGAGAUGGAAAUUGGGUAUCCAACAGAUGUGAAGCAUGUAACACAUAUUGGACUUGAUGGUUCAACCACUACAAACAAUGUUAGGGGUUGGGACAAUCUCAAGGCACCUGAAUUACUCUCUUUAUCUCAAAUUUCAUUCAAGCAAUUUGAAUUUGCCAUGGCUACACAAGCUCACCAACCUCAACCUCUUGUUAAUGAUCCUUCCUCAAAUUGUGGCUAAAACACUUGUGAAAAUGUUGGGUCCUCCAAGUUUCUUCUUCUAAUUGUAGAUUAAUCAUGAUUGAUAAUGAUGUACCUAGGAGUUCACAUUACACAAGGGCACAACAAUUGAAAUUCAUGGAUAUUUGUAAUUAAUCUCUUUGGACUCUAUUUUACUCUGUUCUUGAGGUUGGCUUUAA